GACAAAUUGUUCUCUCCCUCUCUUUCUCCUUCUCUCCUGUCGCUCCCUUUCCCUUUCCCUUGCGCUUCGCUCGGAUCCCGAAAACCAUCCAUCCAUUCCAUCAUUCAUUUCUUUUCCCUUGUAACUCACUUCGUUCUUUUCCCCUUUUCUUUCCUCUCUCUUUCCCUCGCUCGAUAUCGAGAGCUUAACUCUCCUCUCCCGAGUCGCUCUCGAUCCAUCGAGCAACCAAACCAGACAUAACGAGAGAGAGAAAAGAGAGAGCAAAAGAAAACGAAAAUAAUCAAAACAAAAACGAUACAUAACAGUAACAAUAAUUUAAAAAAUGGAAGGAAUCACUACGCAGUUACGGAGAGGAAUCUCGCGGCAGUUCUCAACCGGGUCGUUGAGGAAGUCUUUCAGCCGACAAUUCUCACGGCAGUCGUCACUUGAUCCGAGGAGGAAUAAUUUGAGAUUUAGCUUUGGAAGACAAUCUUCACUCGAUCCUAUACGGCGGAGUCCUGUUCACGAUGAACAGUUUACAGUGCCGGACAAUCUUGACUCUACGAUGCAGCUUUUGUUUAUGGCGUGUAGAGGAGAUGUGAGAGGGGUUGAGGAUUUGUUGAAUGAAGGAAUUGAUGUUAAUAGUAUUGAUUUGGAUGGAAGGACUGCUUUGCAUAUUGCUGCUUGUGAAGGACACGUAGAGGUUGUCAAGUUGUUAUUGACUAGAAAGGCUAAUAUUGAUGCUCGUGAUCGCUGGGGGAGUACGGCGUGUGCCGAUGCUAAGUACUACGGCAAUAUAGAUGUGUACAAUAUUUUGAAGGCUCGAGGAGCUAAAGCUCCGAAAACCAGGAAGACGCCAAUGACUGUUGCGAAUCCUCGAGAAGUUCCAGAGUAUGAGCUUAAUCCAUUAGAGUUGCAGGUUCGGAAGGCUGAUGGCAUCUCAAAGGGAACAUAUCAAGUGGCCAAAUGGAAUGGUACCAAGGUUACUGUAAAGAUACUUGAUAAGGACAGCUAUUCAGACCCUGAGAGCAUAAAUGCUUUCAAACAUGAGCUGACCUUAUUAGAGAAGGUAAGGCAUCCCAAUGUUGUUCAGUUUGUAGGCGCCGUUACCCAAAAUAUACCCAUGAUGAUUGUUUCUGAGUAUCAUGCAAAAGGUGACUUAGCAGGCUAUCUUCAGAAGAAAGGGCGUUUUUCUCCAUCCAAAGCUUUGAGAUUCUCUCUUGACAUUGCUAGGGGCAUGAACUAUCUUCAUGAAUGCAAACCAGAUCCAAUCAUACAUUGUGAUUUAAAGCCGAAAAAUAUUUUGCUGGAUAAUGGUGGUCAUUUGAAGGUAGCUGGGUUUGGUUUGAUAAGGUUGUCUAAGAUUUCACCUGACAAAGCUAAAGUAGCACCAGGGACCCCCAUUGAUCCUUCAAAUAUUUAUAUGGCGCCUGAGAUUUAUCAAGGGGAAAUAUUUGAUAGAAGCGUGGAUGCAUAUUCUUUUGGUAUCAUCGUAUAUGAGAUGAUGGAGGGAGUAUUGCCUUUCCAUCCCAAGUCUCCUGAAGAGGCUUUCAGGUUGAUGUGUUUGGAGAAACAAAGACCAGCUUUCAAGACAAAAGCAAGAAGUUAUCCUCCUGAUCUAAAAGAGUUGAUCGAUGAAUGCUGGCAUCCGGAACCUGUUGCUAGGCCAACCUUUUCCGAAAUCAUUGUACGAUUGAACAGAAUAGUUGUCAACUGUUCAAAACACGGAUGGUGGAAGGACACUUUUAAGCUUCCUUGUAAAGUAACUAAGGCCGGAAGGGAUAUUGGACAGCUGAUGUGGCUAGGCGGAGUAAGUAGAAGAUAUUAAGACGUCAGUGAAUGGCGUGACUGGAGCAUUAUAGCACAUCGAAGACAACUUGACAACUCGCCAUUCUUGAAGCUCUUGAAACAUUGCCACGCGACCAUUACGGCCUUUUGAAGCUGUUGCCUGUCAAUCUACCUUGUAUAAUAGUGAACCACUUUGUGAAAAUUGACACAGCUCCCCACUAACCCACCUGAGACUGAAUCCAGCACAGUCUUGCAGACGGACAAGCCACUGGACAAUGGAGGACCGUUUUCGGUUCGCGAAAGCACACACUGGAAGAACAUUACUCGGAGCUCGCCACAAAAAAAUUCAACACUUUAGGCGGUAACAAGAACUUCCAAAUAGAUUUCCAUAACUGUUGAAGUAAAAUGGAAGCAUUAGGGAGUUGGUUGUAAAGCACUUUAUACCCAUUUUUGACUGUAUAGAUUCCUUUAGCAUCCUCCUGCCACAUCCAAGUGUCAUCAAGUAAUGAAGAACAUGUGCAUUUUAUUCAUGAAGAUGUAUUUUUAAGUGUGAUUGAGUUAAAUGGAUUACAAAUAUCCUCCGGCCAGUUCAAUUUA